UGUUUAAAUUAUUUUAUGAAAAAAAAAAGGAGAGGGUUGUAUUGCAUUAACGAAAAAUGUCAUCUUCUGAAAGUGGUGAAGAUGAAGAUUGGGUAUUUUAUAAAGAUCGCGAAGAGUGGAAUGACAUCAGUCCCAUUCCACAAGAUGAUGGUCCUCAUUCUGUUGUUUCAAUAGCUUACUCUCCAAAGUUUCAAGAUGUUUACGGUUAUGUUCGUGCUGUACUAAAGGCUAAUGAGUUGAGUUCCAGAGCACUUGGGCUUGUCACUGAUGCAAUCACUCUAAAUGCUGCAAAUUACACUGUUUGGAACUAUCGAAGAGUUUUACUAAAGGCUUUAAACAAAGAUCUUCAUGAAGAGCUCAAUUAUAUCACAAGCAUUAUACGCAAACAACCAAAAAACUACCAAGUGUGGUACCACAGAGGGAUAAUAGUUCAAUGGCUAAAUGAUGCAUCUAAAGAGCUUUCCUUUACUUCAGAAAUGUUACACAGAGACAGUAAAAAUUACCAUUGUUGGCAGCACAGGCAGCUAAUAUUAAAUUGUUUUAAAUUGUGGACUGACGAAGUAGAUUUUACCACAAAUUUUAUUGUACAAGAUUGCAGAAACAAUUCAGCUUGGAACCAAAGAUACUAUGCAUAUAUAAAUACAACAGGAUUCACUGAUAGUGUUGUAGAAAACGAAGUCAGUUUUACAGUUGAAUGGAUAAAAAAAGCUCCAAACAAUGAGAGUACUUGGAAUUAUUUGACAGGCAUUCUUAAUGCAGCUGGUGGUCUUUACAAGUUUUUGGCUUUACAAGAUGAAUUUGAAAUUAUGCUAAAAGAAGGAUGUGAUUCUCCAUAUCUUCUCUCCAUGUUAGUUGAUUUUUAUGAAGUCUCUCUUGAACAUAAUCCAUCGACUGGAAAACAAAAUGGUCUACGUGCAGUUGAGCUUUGUACAAAGCUUGCAGAGGAUGUCGAUAUAAUACGUAAAGAGUAUUGGAACUACAUAAAAAGAACAAUUGAAUCACAUCAUCUUUUGUCGUAAAUUUUAAAAUUAAAAAGACGGACAUAAGAAGAAUAUUAAACUUACAUAAACGAAAACAUGUCGUAUUUAUAUUUUUAUAAUAUAUAAUAUUAAGUUUGUUGAUAAUAUUAAAUUGUUUUUAA